UAAUAUCAAAGUGAAAGCUUGGAACCCUAAAAAUUGGAGAUAGUGGAAGAGAAUUGGGAAAAACCAUGCUUGGCCUUUCUCUGCCUUCGCGUGGUGCGCGUCGUCGUCGGCGUCGCCGACUGCGUCGGCUACUGCGGCAGCGUCAGAUAUCGACGCUAUGGGCACCAACUUAUCAGCCAGAACGAUACGAGAAAUGUCUGUGUUUUCGCGCUUCCACUCACAAACGUAACACGAAGUGGUUCGUUGUCAACAUAUCGAACCGAGACGACGAUAAUGAUAAUGAUAAUGAUUGGACGAAGAAAUUGAGACUCUCUCCGAUUUCCAGAACGAAAUGCGACUCUGAUAGCUCGUUGGUUUGCGUAGAUUCUACCAUCUAUCGCCUCGGUGGAUUUUAUCGUGCCCCAAAAUGUUAUAACAAUCGUCCUACUAAAGAUGUCCUCUGUUUGGAUGCUAGCUCUCCCUCUCCCCGAUGGAAGAGUAUCGUAUCUAUGAAUGUGAGAAGAACUUGCCCAACCACAGUGGUUGUUAAUGGAAAGCUGUAUGUGAUGGGAGGUAAUUCUAUCAGAAACCCUGCUGAAGAUACUGAAACUGAUCGCUGGGCUGAGGUCUUUGAUCCUCACACUAAGAAAUGGAGUUUUCUUCCCAAGCCUCCUGAUGAUUUGUUGCCUUCGGGUGAAAAUUUAGUAAUGUGUCUGGGUCUUGAGGAUUUACACAAGAUUAUGGUGACACCUUACAAUUCUUCAAAACAAGCCUACUUGUAUGAUAUUUCUCAAAACAUUUGGACUUCCAAGCACCAUGUCGAUCUAUGCGACCAUCGAUUUGUAUCUCGUGUUGAUAAUAAAGAUACGGCUGUGUUUGGGAAUACUCUGUAUUGGUACGACAAGAACUACCGCAGCGUGAAUGCGUACGAGUGGGAAACUGGGAAUUUAUUGUCCGGGAAGCUCAAAGGGUUGGGGACAGCAGGGUGGAAGAUGGAGGAUAUUCGGGUCCAAAAAGACAUUUAUUUAUUUCAUUUGAGUGGUAAAUUGUUCUGUUUGGUUUGGAAUGAAGAGCUUAGUAGUACUGUACAUUGCUCCAAAUUUGUAGUGGAUACAUCAUGCUAUUCCCAUGACAAUUGCAAUGGGUCUCUUUGUGCUUGGGUUCUCUCUUCUCAAGAUUAUUAUCUUGGUCACAACACAACUCUUUAUGAUGCUGCACUCAUGAAUAAAAAGUCUCUAUUUGAUUCUGCUGGAAAGGUGCAAUCACAUCAAGAAAAUAGCUCGGCAAUGAGUGUGGAACCCCCCAACUGAGUUGGUAGGGAAGCUGAGAAGACCAUGAGUGUUUGGCUAUAAAAUUUCUAAAAUUCAUGGACAAACAAGGCAAAGGCAAAAGACACUAGUAGAGGUAAAACAACUUGUGCUUGGAAUGACGUGAAAUUCAGUCGAGACAUGGAAAAUGCCAUGGCAACUAGUACGCAUCGCUUCGCCAUGGCCUACUAUGGAUUACAGUUAAAUUCUAAUAUCUAAGACUUUAAUUUCACGAUUUUGCUGUUUUAGGAAAUAUUUGAUUUGUCUAUAUAACUCGGUCUAGAUGAAUCCAAUUGGAGCUGGAUUUUUUCCCACUAUAUGUAUUUUUAGUUUCCACAUUUGAGCUUAACUCAAAUAUUUCUAUUUUUAGUUUUUUUUUUUUUGUUUUUUGGGUACCGUCUUUGAUUUAGUCUUGAUUAGCAAGUAUUGUCUUUUUCGAUUUACUUUUCAAUUUAAUUAGAACGUCGUAUUAGUGUAAAUAAUGAUGUAAGCCUUAAGGCAAUUGACUUU